GGGAGCGGCCCCGGGCUGGGCUGUGUCCCCUCGGCCAGCACAGGGGACAGCAGGGACAGCACACCUGGCAUCACCUGAGAGCAUCCUGGGGAAGGCAGAGCUGGGCAGGAAAGCAGGGCAGGAAAGGACUUUUAUGGGGUUUUGCAGAGCUGCUCUCAGAGGCAGGAAGCUCGCUGGCAAAGCAACCCUCGCUGAGCUGCUGCUGUUUGUGGGGGGACCCCACGGGACCAGCGGGGACUGGUUCCAGCCCAUCUCCCAAGCAAGCUCACCUUGAAGAAACAACAAAACAAACCUUCCAAAAUGUCCCUCAAGCUGCCACGAAACUGGGAUUUCAACCUGAAGAUGGAUGCUGCAAAAAUAGCCCGCUCCCGGAGUGUGAUGAGUGGGGACCCCUCGGGUGUCCCGCCGGGCUCCGCUGGCGCUGGGGCGCGGCCGCUCAAGCUGGGCUGGCUGAAGAAGCAGCGCUCCAUCGUCAAGAACUGGCAGCUGCGCUUCUUCGUGCUGCGGGGACAGCAGCUGCUCUACUACAAGGACGAGGACGAUGCCAAGCCUCAGGGCUGCCUGUCUCUCCAGGGCAGCACCAUCAAGGUGGUGGCCACAAACCCAGAGGAAGGAGGGAAAUUCAUCUUUGAAAUCGUCCCAGGGGUGGCUGGGGAGCAGAGCCGGGCAGGGCAGGACUCGUGUGUGCUCAUGGCCAGCUCGCAGGCGGAGAUGGAGGAGUGGGUGAAAUCCAUCCACAGAGCGCUGGGCGUGGCUCCUGGAGCGCUGUUUGGGCAGCCCCUGGCAGACACCAUGGCCUACGAGCAGAAGCUGGGGCAGCACCAGGUGCCCAUCCUGGUGCAGAAAAGCGCUGAGUUCAUCCGGGAGCACGGCGUGGCUGAGGAGGGAAUCUUCCGCCUGCCCGGCCAGGACAACCUGGUCCGACAGCUCCGCGACGCCUUCGACGCCGGGGAGAGACCCUCGUUCGACAGGGACACCGAUGUCCACACCGUGGCCUCCCUGUUCAAGCUGUACCUGCGGGAGCUGCCCGAGCCCGUGGUGCCCUGGCUGCAGUACGAGGAUUUCCUGCUCUGUGGGCAGGCUCUGGAAGCUGAUGAGAUGAAGGGCCACCAGGAGCUCCUGAAGCAGCUGUCCCUCCUCCCCAGACACAACUACAACCUCCUCAGCUACAUCUGCAGGUUCCUCUAUGAAAUACAACUGAACUCCAGUGUCAACAAGAUGAGUGUGGAUAAUCUGGCAACAGUGAUUGGAGUGAACCUCAUCAGACCCAGGAUAGAGGACCCUGCAAUUAUCAUGAGAGUUCCUCCAGGCACACCCCAGGUCCAGAAGGUGAUGACUGUGCUGAUCAGUGACCAUGAAAAGCUCUUUCCCCCAUCCAAGGAUGUGCCUCCCUCCCCACCUGCCCAAAAAGCCGAGAAGAAAGCUCCUGUCCCCCGCAGCUCCGUGGGCUGGGGAGCUGCAGAGGAUCCCACAGCACCCAGAGGCUCCACACCAAGGCAAAUGAGGGAUCACCCCAAUUCCAGAAGCUCCCCUGGCCCCGGGGAGGACACGGAGUCCAAAGACACACCGGGAACGUGGAAAACACAGCCAAGGAAAAGAACUCAGACUUUGCCUACGAGGAAAUCCUUCCUGGCAGCGGCUGCUCCGGGGGAGAAGGGCAGCAAGGAGAGGAAUGAUGUCCUUGCCAGUGACUUUUGGAAAAGCAGCACACGCCCCGUGGCCUCUGAUGGACACAAGAGAACGUUGUCUCACGAUCUUUUUAAGCUGCUCGACCUCCACAGGGCUUCAGCCUUCGACAGUGCCCCCCUGUCCCAGGCAGAGAGUGGGGAGGGCAGCGGCUCCAGCCCCAGCCCUGCCAGCAGCAUCUCCGAGAAGGAAUUCCUGCCCUGCUUCAGUCCCAGCCACGAGCCAAAGGAGCCAGCCAGUCCCACCAGCAGCCCUGCUGAGGACCCCAGCCCUGAGCAGGAGAGCAGGGAGUUCCUGCAAAGCACGAUCCUCAAGCUGGAAAAGGAUAUGGAGGCACAAAGAAAUGACUACGAGGGGCAAAUUAAAAGUCUCCAGGAGGAGAACUAUGAAGCCUGGGCCAAAGUGGUGAGGCUGAACCAGGACAUGGAGCAGGAGAAGAAGAAGUGUGGGGAGCUGGAGCUGAGGCUGAAGAACGCAGAGCGCUUGCGGGAGGAGCUGGAGAAGAAAAACAAGAUGCUCGAGGAGGAGUUGAGAAACUUAACUAAACCCAUGAGUAAAACUGGUGCCAAAACCAACUAGGAGACACCCAGCUUUUCACAGACCCCAAAUGCAGCUGCACAAAUGCACAGGAACUGCAGGUUCAGAGCCAGGGACUUGUAUUGUCCAGGGUCCUGCUCCUGCCCACAGGCCAAGGGGGAGGAAGGAGAGCUUAGAUGCUGGUUCAUGCUCUGAACCAUGAAAUUUCAAAAAUAUCCUUUAGCUUUUUUGGGUGUUUCAUUUCAAUUCUUCUUUCAGCUGCUCAGGUUACCUGGAGAACAGGCCAACACUUCCUGCUGCUCAGUCAGAAUUGCACUCAGAAGUUUGGGUUAUGGACACAUUGUGCCUUCUCAGCAAGAAACCAGAAGUGUCCCUCCCCCAGCUGCCUGUCUCCUUGGUGGAGAUACCCACAGGCAAAAACAUCUAUGGAUCCUGAAUCUGGGCAGGCAGAGGAGCCCCACGCCCGGGGAGGCACAGCCCUGGGUGCUGGAGAUGCUGACAUCAAUCCCCAGCUGCUUUGUGCUCACAUCAAUCCCCAGCUGGUUCACACUCUCCUGGGGCAGCACAAGGCUCUGAGAUCUCCUGCAGCAUCGCCUGCUGUGCUGUGCCAGCCCCCACAGCUCCAGGCAGAAAAUCCCACCAUCACCCAAAGCUUCAGUUCAGGGCUGUCCAGCUGUUUUGAGUCACUUCCCCACAGCUGGCUGUUCCUAAAUCCAGCACAGGUGACAGAGCUUGGAGAGCACCUCACACAGCUGGACCUGGAGCUCUUUGUGCAGGGGGGAGUCCAUCAGCAACUCCAGCACAGAAAUCCUGUGUUUUCCCUGAUGGACACACUUCAAAGAUGACAAAUCUGGACUUUUCUACUACUCCUGCUUUGGAGCUUUGUUGUUUCUGAAGUGGAGAACAGGAUUUCCUCAGCCAGCUUAUGGAGCCCUGGGUUUGCACCCCAACCAUGUUGGGUCUCUCCCACCAGUGCAAAGACCCCGAGGACCCAAAGGUGUCCCUGUGGUUGUUUGGGACCUUUCUGCUUGUCCCCACCCUGCCAGAAUCCUGCCAGCAGCACCAUGGUGCUGCCACAGCUUCUCGUGGAGGACUCUGGACAGUUAUUUUCUUCUACAGAAAACCUUUCUUUUAUUUAUUUGAGAAGUCUUGAUGGGGACAGGAAAGGGAAAACCACAGAGAUCUGCAGUUUCAAGCAGGACCAAGCUCUGUGCCAGGUGUGGUGAGGGGAAUCACCACUCUGGGUCCUGCCUGCUGAGGACUUGGCUUUGGCAAGGCAGAAGCUCAGCCCCAGAGCUUCAGAGCUGUGUGGCAGGGAACAUGAACUGGAGGAAGAAAGGGACACAGAGGAAAAUAUGGGAAACAAGGGGAGGUGGGAGUGGGAAAAUGUUAUUGGAGAAUAAAAGUCUCGGGUAUAAAGCACUUGCUGCUCUCAGCCUUGCUGGGGGUACGGGGGAACUGGUUUAGCCCUAAAGCUGAGCCCAGACUCAGUCUCAGGUCCAGUCUGGUGCACUGAACCCACCUCUGCUCAGCUGUGGAUAUAAAGUCUGGGGAAGGAGCAGUUUGUGAAGGCUGAUCUGCAUUCAGAAAUGUAACCCCUAAGUGUCUUGUUUGAUCUAUGGACCCUGACUCCAGGGGUUUUCCUUUGCACAGAACCUCAGAGACCAUGCAGCUCCUCCCUGUCCUGCCCUCAAACCUUCACACCAGGGAAUGACUUCCAGAGGCCUCCUGGUCUCCUGAAGAAUCCCAAAGACCCACAGCCAAGGUCCUCUGCUCUGACAGGGAUGAAACCUGAGCACAGGGUUUUAAAUCUGACUGAAAUGUUUCAGAUCUCAGUCUUGGCGAUGGGAAAUCUCAGUGAGGAUGAUGGAGAGGAUCUGCACUGGGCAGUGAGCCUGGACCUGCUGGUGCAGCUCCACAGCUUUGCAGAGGGAUGGAUGUCAUGGAGAGGAGCCCCAAGGAGGGCAGGGAGGCCUCAGCCAUCCUCCAUGACCACCCAAAGCUGCCCUCCCCACCCCUGCAGGUCCCACACACCACAGGAGUUGUGUCCUGAAGUCUCUCUCAGUUUCUUUCUGCUGCUUUCUGAGUCCCCACCGUGGGACCUGCGACUUCCCGACACUCCAAAGUGUCUGCCACCAUUCACAGCUGCCACUCACAGUCUUUCCUGGGAUUUCAGAUGACCUUGACAGAGCUGCUUCAGUGUUUAUUUGAUUUUUUUACCCCUGCAAGAAGCUCCUCAACAAUCUGAGCGUGAGGCUCAGGAGUCAUUAGGGAGAAAUUUCUCCGUCGGCUUCAGGAGCAGCAUCGUGAACAUCUGGGCUGGAAAUGCCACACGCUCCUUUCUGCAAAGAUCAAAAGUGUGAAGAGGCCAAUAAUUCCUUCACAGCAGACUGUAAUGACGUGCAAAGGCUUGGCUGAGGCUCAGAAAUCUCCACGAUGAGGACAAGUGCACGUUAUUUAAAAUAAACUGCGCAUUCCUCCGCUUCCGCUCAGAUAGGCAAAACAACCCUGUGGCUGCGAGGAUCAGAGGGGCUCCUUUGAAGAUAUUCCACCCAUUAACAUUUGCAGGGUUUAUAGAGGUCAUCUGUGAAAGAGAGACUUUCCAAGAGAGGUCAGGUGGGCUGGAAAUUCCUGAGAGCCUGGAGGGGAGAGAGACACGGGCACCUUGUGAGCUGCUGCUGCCGUUGGGUCCUGUAAGAUAAUGAGGAUUUUUUUUUUUUUUUUUUUUAAAUGAGCUUUUUCCAGAGAUAGAGAGCCAUGAACUGCCCAUGCCAGAGCUGUGAAACUGCACCCUUUUCAUCCCUGAGGGGGUGGGUGUCCUCUCUGCUCAGCCCAGAGCCUGCUCUGGAUUUGCUGCACUUGCACAUCUUCUGCUGGAGACCCCACAAGGUGAGAGCCCCAAAAACUGACUGGUGCCCAGCCUGUAUUUCCUUCCUCCCUCCCUCUUUUUCUGCAGCCAGGCCAUGAAGCUUUCUGGGGUGGGAGCAGCAGAGAAUCUCUCCUGUUCCUGGGGAGGGGCUGUAGAGGACAUUAUAAACUCACAGUGGGGGUUUUGUGCCCUUUCAGUUCAGCAGGUUUUGGGCAUUGACUCUGGAUCCCCUGGAGACUGUGAUGCUGCUCCUGUCACAUAAAAACACAACAGAAUGUCUGCCACAGAGAAGAAAGAUCCUUUCCAGCCCUGUCCUGUAGGCUUGGAAACCUCCAAAAAGACAUUUUCCACCCCUUAACCCUUCCACUGCACUGUGAGGACACAAGAGCUUUACCAAGGUGAUAACACUGAGAUCAGACCAAGGAUUUUCCUCUCCUUUUAAAGGUGACAUGGCUUUCCAAAUUAGAGCUGUUAAACCACAGAUCCCAAUGCAUCAAAAACUGUUGAAUCAUGCAGUGUGGGAUGAGAGCAAGACACCUUUUAGGCCAUCCUUUCAGUCCCCUCACUGCAUUCCUUGUCCUAGAGUAGAAAUUCUGUUUUGCUUUUCUCAGGUAUUUACUAAAUAAAUCAAUUUAGGAGUUCACUCUGUUGUAUCCAAGGGUUUGGUAGGUG